GGUUCACAGUAUUAUUUCCGGGCGUGAGUGCGUGACUGUAUACUAAAUGAUUUUUUUUUUCGUUCCGUUCGCCUUUAAUUAUUAUCAUUAUACGUGUUUAUGAUUGUGUGGAAUCACCUAGCGAGUCACAUGACACCCUGCGAUUGCGUGAAACAAAUAGAAAAUUGUUAAAUUUUUUUUCAAUUUGAAAGACGAAAAAAUAAUAGGAGUCGAAUUUUUUGUGCUUUGAAUUUUCCCGCCUUUUUUAAAAAUGAUUCUGCGAUGCUCCAUUCUCCCGGCAACAUCGACUAGCCGCUCUGGGACUGUACACGUGUUGAGACGCAUAAAAAACUGAGAUUUUAAUUUUGUGUUGUUGAAAAUACUUCGGAAAAUGUGAAGGGACUCCGGGAUAUUUGACGAUUAAACCGUGCAAUAAGUGGAGAUCGGUAAAUUCUAGUCAAGUGUAUAAAAAAAAAGUAGAGGAUUACAUGAUCGACUGAUAUAAUUUAUUAACUGAAAGACUGUUUCCGUAAUAAAGCGAAUUGUCAAGUGGCAAAUGGAGAGGUUAUAGGCUGAAUACAACGACGCAACGUCAAGACAACCGAGUGAUUGUUAUUUUAUUUUGAUUUUCAAAAACACUUGGAAUUCCUUUGUGAUUGAGUCAUCCAGUUCGACACGAGUGUAAACAAAACAUUGAAUACAGUGGUGACAUGGUGCGAGGAAUUUCGACAGUGUUUACGUUUUGGAGAGUGGCUGAAUCCUGAAAAAUCGAAUUAAUCGGGGUGAAUCAUUCCUCGGAAGUAAGAUAAAUAAUAAAUCCGAGGGUUUCGUAUUGUCUUAAACGUCGACAAAGUCCUCAAGGGAAUGAAAAAAAAUCUCUCCCUUGAAGUGAAGGGGAAAAUCACCUGAAGUGAGAAAUAAUCAUCGAAUCACUGGGUUAACAGUCGGGGAAAUGUCUUGAGACAUUGGAAAAAUCAUCAGGGUCAUAAAAAAAUCAGUUUGUGGAGUAAAAGUGAAGUGACGAUUUUUCAAGUAAAUUCGUAAUAAUCGUCUUCUUGACUUUGAUCAAGUGCUGGUUCGCGAUAAACUCCACGUGAUGGUGACAAUGAUGACAAUGAUGAUGGGGUCAGUACCCUGGAGUGAAUGAAGUGAUUUUUGAUUUUUUUUUUGUGGUUUUUGGUGCUUCUGAGGGCUAUUGAACCUUGGGGAAGGGGAGGGAAAAGGGGGAAUAGUGACGUUUCGACGAGAUAUGUAUCCCUGGUACAGGGAGAGCGUCGCGGCGGCAGCGGCUGCGGGACUCGGUGGGCCUGUUGGUGUCGUUGGCACUGGAUUCUGCUCUACAGCACCUGGACAGGGUGGCACUACUAUUAAAACUGAGAGCGGGUACUCAGACUGCAUGCUGGCGCUGGAUUACGUGCAGAGCAAGUAUCCCUCGAAUUUGUAUUUUCAGAAGGCAUCCUUUGCCUGGUCAGAGGGUGGCGACGAGGGUGGCGGGGGUGGAAAUGGUACCGGUGGCACUGGUGCAGCGGUCACUGGCUCGUCAACACCCGGCAGUGGUGGCGGUGGUUUGGCACACUGGGUCAGUGUCAUGGCUGAACACAUACACAAUCCGCAUUCAGCUGGCAAUGUCGGUGGUGUUCAUCAUCAGCAACAGUCACCACCACAACCACCUUAUCCCUGGAACAACGGACUCGCCAGUGAUCAAUGCAAUCCACAUGAAAAGGAUGCAGAUUACUGGGGCACGGGACGCGGUGCCAAGCAGGGAUACGAGCAUUUCCUGUUGCAGGCCAAGAUGAACGCUGACCACGGACAAAUCCAGAAGGGUGACGAACAAUAUCGUGGCACAGGGGGUGGUAGUAGCAGUGGUAGUCCACCGGCAAGUCUUCUAGUUGUACCCCAGCCCCUGACAGUGAAGCCCUCGCAUCCGUCGCAUCUAAAUCCCCAUCUGGGCGGUCCACACUCGCAUCCACCGAGGAAAUAUCAAUGCAAGAUGUGUCCACAAAUAUUCGGCAGUAAAGCGGAUCUCCAAUUACACACACAAAUACACAUGAGGGAGGCAAAACCCUACAAGUGUACGCAAUGCUCGAAAGCAUUUGCAAAUUCAUCGUAUCUAUCACAACACACACGUAUACAUCUUGGUAUAAAACCAUACCGCUGUGAAAUAUGUCAACGUAAAUUUACCCAGUUAAGUCAUCUACAGCAGCACAUACGUACACACACUGGUGAUAAACCAUACAAAUGCCGUCAUCCUGGUUGUACUAAGGCAUUCAGUCAACUGAGUAACCUGCAGAGUCACUCACGCUGCCAUCAGACUGACAAACCAUACAAGUGCAAUUCGUGUUACAAGUGUUUCUCAGAUGAGCCAAGUUUACUUGAACACAUACCAAAGCACAAAGAGUCUAAACAUUUGAAAACCCAUAUAUGCCAGUACUGCGGCAAAAGUUACACCCAGGAAACAUAUUUGGCUAAACAUAUGCAAAAACAUGCCGAGAGAACGGACAAAAGACCACCGAUAAUAGGCACUGGAUUGAGGCCAUCGAUUCACGCUAUGGCAGCACAUCAUCAAGAUCCACAUCAUUAUUGGCCAAAAGUUAGUCCCGAUUCAGUGAUUAGUGAAUUACACGAUAGAUUACCACAUCAUCAUGCAGCAGCGGCUGCUGCUGCUGAUUAUCAUCAAAAUCAAAACAAUGACAUGUUGUUACCGUCCCACGGGGGUCAUCGGGGUGAUGCCAAUAUUGAAAAUGACUCGAGGCAACAGACACCACAGCCACCUGGCAAUCAUCAUCCUAACAGUAGUUCAGCUUUUACGCCAAUUUCAUCAAUCUCGAUAAAUUCCAUAUCGUCAAUGCAACAUCCAUUGAAUCCAUUGAAUCAUCUUCAUUAUCCUGGUAGUCAUCAUCCAGCGUCGAGACCGUAUCUUUAUGAGGCUUUCAAUUCCCAAAAAUCAUCGCCAACAUCUAGCGCCGCGGGGGUUACCUCGGGCACAACGACUAAUCAAAAUACAACAUCAUUUCCUAAUCAAUUGAUUAGUUUACAUCAGAUUAGAAAUUAUGCUCAUCAACCUAAUCUUGGUAAUCUUGGUAAUCUUGGUAAUUUAAGUAAUCUCAGUAAUUUGGGUAAUUUGAGCGCUUCUAUGGAGGGUCAUACGUUGUUAGGUGGACUCAAAGACAAACAGUGAAUGUAGAGAUGAAAGGGGAAAAAUAAUGAAUAAAACAAUGUUGAUCAAUUAUUUUUCUCAUCCCUUUGUACUCUUUAUUUUUCUGUUGUGGUUUAUUUAAUUUCUCAUUAGAAAGGCGGAAGAUGGAAAAUGUAAAGGGAGAAUCUGGCUCUGAAACUUCUUUGGAAAUUGAGGAGAAAAAAAAUGAUGAAAUAUUUUUUUUUGUGAAGAAAAAAUGUUUGAUAUGCCUCGAAGGCCUUUUUCUUACCCACCCGGUGAACUUUUCAGGGAAAAGUCAAGUGCAUGGGGAAAAAAGUUUUUUUUUAGUUAAUUUUUUUCUCUCGAUUUUUUAGUAGAAAUUUAACGAAGUUACGGAGCCUGCAUGUUCUCUCUGAAUAUUAUAAUUAAAGGACGAGAUAACUGAUGUACUUAUUCGCGAUUUCUGCAGGAUUAAUGAAAAAUCGGGGCGCUUUUUAUUUUUCAUUCGUCUAUAGAAAAAAAUUCUGUUACGUUUAAGGGUUUUUACAAUCUGUGAUUAAGUGGAAUAAUGAGGACGGUAAAUUGAUAUUCAAUGUCACCAAUUUUUUCAUUUUUCGGUUCUUUUAAUUCAAAUGGGAAUUUACAGAAAAUUUUAUUUGACUUUUUUGUUUAUUCUACUCAAUUACAGAGAUAAAAAGAUGGGAAAAAAUUUAAUAAUAAAAGAAAAUACACAAAUUGAAGCACGUACACACUCCACGAGGGCACAAAUCGCGAGAAUGUUUUGUUGGAUGCGAGAGAGAGAGAGAAUGACAGAGUAAAUAUUUGGAGAGAAAGAGAAUAGAAUAGGUUAUGAUGGUGCCACGAAAAAAGGGACAAAUUGGAAAUGGAUACAAAAAAUAAGAAAAACACAUGAAUGUGAAAGAUGUGUUGACUGCAUAAGAGAAAGAAAAAAGUAAGUGGUAGAGAAACUUCUUUGUACAUAGCUAUUAUAUAAAUAUAUAUAAAUAAAAUAUAUAUUAUUAAUUAUUAAUAUUAUUAAUUAUUAAUUAAUAUUUGGUAGGUGUGUAAGGUGGAUUUAAAAGAAGAAAUUAUGAAAUAGACUUAAUGAAAUGGAAAAUAAUAAUAAUAACGGAGAAAAAAAAAUUAUUCUAUGUACCUUGUCCGAGGAAAAGUGAGAAGAGGGAGAUAACUGACGCUGUCCAGCAUUUUUUUCUCAAUUUGUUUUCUUUUUUUCCUUUUAAUUUGUUUUUCAAUUCAACUGAUAUUUUUACUAUUCUACGAAAAUGAUAUUGGAACAAAGGUGAGAUGAGAAUUUUGUGAUUUUAAAGAUUAAAAAAUUCCCUGAACUUCAACAUUAAGUUUUCAUUCAAUUUUUUUAAAACAUUACAUUACUUUUUUUUAAUGGAAAAUACUGUUCAUUCGAUAGAGUCAUUCACACGAGCGAGAGAAUUUUUUAGAGAUGAAAAAAAAAAUUGAAUGCAUUAUCAAUCGAAAUGAAAGAAAGAAACGAAAACUGUAGAUAAUUUCUUGUUACAGCGCGAACUCGAGAUCAGCCAUAUUGGAAAUAAAGAAAUACAUCGAUUUGUGCUCAAAUAUGUCCUUUAAAACCAUCGAAAAAUAAUCAUUAUCAUUUAUUCACAUUUAUUACACGAUUAGAACAUGAAAAAUCAUCGGAAAAUCGGUCAAUUAUUUGUCAUUGAAUGUUUUAAAUCUCGAGGUGAUGCUCCAUUUUCAAUAUGGCUGAUGAAAAAAUGUAUAUUUUAAUCUCGAGUGCGUCGCCCCAUCUGUGCUCAAGUUGUUUAACUUAGUUUGUUAUUAAGAAAGUAAUGAUAUUCUACCAAUUAUAACGAAUUAAUUGUAAUUGAAAACAAGAAAAAAUCGCUCUUUUGGUUUCCUCGAUAAUUUAAUCAUUUAAAAAAUGAAAAUCAUUGACAAAUAUUCAUUCACAUUUUGUUUCUAUUUUAAAUUGAACGAAAGUGAUAUACAAAACUUGACAAAAUAAAGACACAUUGUAAUGGAUGAGACAGUUAAUUUUUACGUGUACAAGGGACAGAGUGAACGAUCGAGUGCUAGUUAAUUUUUAAAAAAAUGAGUUUAGAACAAAUAAUGAAAAAUGUUCAAUUUACUUUCUUUUAUGGGGAACAAAUAAACAAAAGUUAUGAGGAAAAAUUAUGUUACGGGAAACCGGACCUCGCGCUUUAAUUGUGAUUUUUUUUCUGUCUAUUCUUAGUUUUCAUUAAUUAUUAUUAUAAUAUGAUUUUCGUUUAAUAAACUAUCCCGUUUAAAAAAUCCUAAUUAUUUGUUGAUUUUUUUUAAUCGCAUUUUCGGUCGUCAAGAAGAUCCAGUCUUUUUAUUGCUGGAAAUAUGAAAAAAAUGAAUGAGAUUCUUCUUUUUAAGCAAUAAAUUGAUAAGAUCUGCCAAUUAGUUUUUGUUCCUCGAUAAUUUCCCUCUAUUCCCGCAUGUCUAUUCCAUUUCAAAUCUCAGAUGAAGAUAAUUCCAUAGACGCUCGUUGGCAACAUUAACCUAAAAAUAUUGAUCAUCAUUUUUUAAAAAUAAUUCUACUAAUAUUUGUUGAUGGACCAAAUCAAUCGCAAUCAAUAAAUUCGUUGAUUAAAAAUUAAAAAACA